CUCUCCGACCCCUACCCUGGGGCAUUCACCGACUUCUACGGCCUGCCCAGCAACCCUCGCUGCAUCUUCAAAACCGGCGCUCUCUGGCCUGUGCGCACGGGUCCUCAAGCGUGGCGCAUUCCGCGAGAGGUCCGCCCCGUCUGCGACCAUCCAAUGCAAGACCGCUGGCUCGGGAUCGGCCAGUCUAUCUACGAGCAUCUCGACUCCUGUAGCAUCAACUCAUCAAGAGUCUGUCCA